AUGUCACCCCACCGGCUCGAGAAUACGCUGGCUGUGAGCCGCGUCGCCGUCAUUGGAGCGGGCGCCAGCGGCCUGGCAGCUGCAAAGUACCUCCUCGCUGAGAAGAAGUUCUCCGACGUCCGCAUAUUCGAUCAGAGGGAUACAAUUGGCGGCACGUGGACGUAUAGUCCUCUGUCUGUCAUUGAUAAUGAUUUUACUGUUCCCCGGACGUCCCCUUCCAAACGGCCAGAUACGGCCAUCAGGACUGAUGACAGUGCGAGCCCUCAAUUCGUCUCGCCGGUCUACGACUUUCUCGAGACAAACAUCCCCCAUUCUCUCAUGAAUUACACCGACCUGGAAUUCGCCCAAGGCUCGUCCCUCUUUCCCGAGCAUGCCGUCGUCAAGCGCUAUCUCGAAGAGUAUGGCAAGGGCCUGACGCCGCACCUGUCUCUGUCGACCCAGAUACUCAGCGUCUCCAAGACGGACAAGGACGGUGCCACUGUCUGGGAGGUCGAGACGCUGGACCUCGGGACCGAGGAGGUCAAGCGCUUCGAAUUCGACGCCGUCAUGGUCGCGAGCGGCCACUAUAACGAUCCCUUUAUCCCGGAGAUCAAGGGCUUGGCAGAGUACAACGCCGCCCAUCCCGGCGUCAUUUCCCACUCCAAGUUCUACCGAAACCAGCUCCAGUUUGAGGGCAAGAAAGUCGUCAUUGUCGGCAACUCAGCCUCUGGCAUCGACCUCAGCGCCCAGAUUGCGACCGUCUGCCAGCACCCCGUGCUCGUGUCCGUCAAGACGGAGCUCAAGACGGCCGAGGACGAGGCCGAGGGCGCCAUCCUCAAGCUCGUGCCCGAGAUUACCGAGUUUCACGUGCUCUACAUUGACGAUCCGACACUGGCGUUCGUCGGCAUCCCGCAGCGCAUCGUGCCGUUUCCCAUCCCCGAGGCGCAGACGGCGUGGGUUGCGCGGCUCUGGGCGGGACGCUUGGCUGUGCCGCCCACCGAGGAUAUGAGAGAGUGGGAGGCAGAAGCGCUGGCGGAGGCGGGUGGUGGCGCAAGGCGAAUUCACAACCAUGUUGUUUCCCAAGGGAUGUGGACUACCUGA